CCAUGGUGUAGGAGAUGUUGCCAGGCCGCGGCGUUGAAAACCGUCGGACCCUCGCACACGAUCGGGAAUGUCGGUCGACCGUACUGGUUAUGCACCAGGUGCCGGAAGUUUUUCCAUUUUGCGGACCUGCGCGGGAUUCAACCCACCAACCCUCAUUGUGACUGCCCGGAGUGGAACUACUGGGGGCGGAAGUUCAAACCCAGUCGACUUCAAAUCACCGGGCCGUGGGGGAUUAAACGCGGGGCACUCUUUUAUAGCUGUGCCAUGGGCAAAUGUGGGUAUUGGGAGGAAAAGUACGACGAGGAGGGAAAUCAG